AUGUAUCAGUCAAUCUCAUUGCAUUCCCUCUUUCCAUUAAUCCUCUAUGUUUUUCUUAUUCUAAACUUUUAUGGAGGAGUUACAGUGAAUGGAGAUAUAGUCAGAAAGUUUUGUAAGAAUGAAUCGAUAAUUGAUCCCCAUCUAAAUUAUGACUUUUGUGUUUCAUCUCUUGAAGCAAGCCCUGUGAGCAAAACUUCUGAUAUUUUCGGACUUGCUGUAAUAUCAAUGGAGCUAUGUUCGAACAACGCAACUUACAUUCAUACAUAUAUUGAGGAAAUUUUGAAGGAUGGAAAAGAAGAACCGAGCGCCAAGACAUAUCUAGAGAAUUGUAUGGAGUUUUACUCUACUGCUGCAGAACGUGUUCAAGAAGCCGUGGAAGCAUUUAAUAGCAAAGAUUAUGAUACUUCCCUCGUACGUGUGAGCGCUGCCAUGACGGAAGCAAUUACUUGUAAAAUUGGGUUUACAUAA